AUGAUCGCGAAAUUACAACAGUCGCGUAACACGCGGAGCUAUGUUACUACAGGUGCGCUGCUCGCCUGUGGUUAUUUAUUUUUGUACGUUCUGUUCUCUGUUUUAGUCCCACAGCAAGCUAUCGGGAGUGCUAAGCUUCCGAAAAAAUCUUUAGAAGCGCCGUUUACUAUUUACCCCAUGGACAACAUCAAGGCCACCUCGAAUGCUGAAGCUAACAAGGAAAAAAUCCUGGUUCUGACCCCUAUGGCGCGGUUUUACCAAGGUUACUGGGAUAACCUCGUGUCCUUAACAUACCCGCACAGUUUGAUCGACGUUGGUUUCAUUGUGCCGAACGACGCUCAGGGUGAUGCGACUCUAGUCCAGCUGAAUGCCGCUGUCAAAAAGUACCAAACUUCCUCGGAUAAAAGCUCUCAUUUCCGCAAAAUCACUAUUCUCCGUCAGGACACGCCCUCACCUCAGUCGCAGAACGAAGCCGACCGACACGCGUUGGCAUUCCAAAAGGAGCGCCGCAGCCUGAUGUCGCUGUCACGCAACUCGCUUCUUUUCACAACAAUCCAAGCUGAUACGUCUUGGGUAUUCUGGCUGGACGCAGACGUCGUGGAAACCCCACCCACCAUUCUUCAGGAUAUGACCAAAAGGGACGUGGACGUUUUGGUAGCAAAUUGCUGGCAACGCUAUGUCGAAAACGGAGAAUCGAAAAGCCGCCCGUACGACUUCAAUUCGUGGAUUGACUCAGAGGCGGCCCACGAACUAGCAAACCAAAUGGGUCCUGACGACAUUCUGCUGGAGGGAUAUGCAGAGAUGGCCACCUAUCGCACGCUCAUGGCCAAAUUGUACUCGCCGACUGGAUCGACGUCCGACCUGCUUGAGCUUGAUGGCGUUGGAGCCACUGCCCUCCUCGUCAAGGCAGACGUACACCGUGACGGCGCCAUUUUCCCUCCAUUUGCAUUCUACCAUCUCAUCGAGAGCGAAGGCUUUGCUAAAAUGGCAAAGCGUCUCAAUUACAAGGUGUAUGGUUUACCGAACUACUUGGUCUAUCACUACAACGAGUAA